AUGAUGGUGACCGACGAUGAUUCGACGUCUCGCGAUUCAGGAAUCUGCGAAUUGAUGGACGAGAACGCUCCGGUGUGCUUCUCAUCUCUCACUGGGACGAGCUAUCAAGUCGAUGAACCGAUGGAAGUCGACGACGAACCAGAUGUGACUAAACCUCAGAAGAAGGUCCCUUUGAGAAGGCAAAAAAGCUGCCAAAUUCGUCUUUUCGACGAAUUGCCCACCACACCAACCCUGCCUCGUUUCCCAUCCGGCGCGCUCACUCUCCGCGAUUCCAAUUUACAAGAUCCUUUCAAUCGGAAAAGAAUGUCAGACGAUGCUGACUAUGGACGAGUGAAUAAAAUCGUGAAAAGUGGGCCGCCGUAUGAUCACUAUCAUCUGGAAUCGUCAUUAGAGAUUCCAGACGAAGAAGAAACGUCGAAAGAGGCGUUAAAUGAUGAAAUUAUUGAAGUUGAAGGACGACAAUACCCUUCCGAUACACCUUUUGCCGUACCAAUGGCACAUGCAAAGAGAAAGAAAAAGUUGGCUCUCACCCAUUACAAUACCGAUCCUAUGAUGAAUCUGAAUGGGGAAGAGGACGACGAUGAGGAAGUCGAUAAUGAUGACCAGAAAGUCGACUACCAUCUUGUAACGACAGGGUCCAGAUGCUCAUCUUCAUUCCGUCGAAUCCCUUAUCAAACAUUAAUGGGACUAUUGAGAGAAAUGUCGGAUGAGGAUUUCAAGUCGAAGUAUCUUCUCGUCGAUUGUCGAUACCCGUUCGAGUAUGAAAAGGGACACAUCAAGCAUGCUGUAAACUACUACAAUCCAGAAAACGUGCAAUCUCUGUUUUAUGGAGAGGGGAACGAUCAACUUCAUAGCAAAAUUCCAAUCUUCUACUGUGAAUUCUCUCAGAAGCGCGGACCCUCCAUGGCAAAUGCUCUCCGUAGAAUUGAUCGCCAAAUUAAUGAGAGCAAGUAUCCUCUAUGUCACUACAAGGAAAUGUAUGUGCUCGACAAAGGAUACAGAGAAUUCUUCCAGUCGGUCGGGAAACUGGUUGAAAAGAGACAGGAGUUCUUCUCUCCUGAAUACGAAUACGUCGAAAUGAGUGACAAUAGAUAUGCCUGUGAACUCAAAAAGUAUUCGUUUCACAAAAGAUAUGCUCCUGGAUUCUCGGUUUUCCGCUCUGUUUCGGACACUUCCAACAUUUGUCCUCAAAAACUCCAAGAAGCCUCCACUUCUGAAAUGAUUGAAGAAGAAGUAGAAGUAGAAGGAGAUGAGGAGAACACUGCUCGACGAUCUUCUCCACCCCCGUCUCAAGAAAUCCAGCUGCAGCAACAUCAAGUGAUCAACACAACACCUGGGAUUCCACGAAUGGGGCUUCGUACAGCCUCCGCUAGGCAAUUAUUUGUGGAUCAUGCGGACUCCCCCACGAAUUAUGAUAGAAACGUGGAAGCCAUUGCAGAGCGAUCUCCGCCCACUGUAAAAACGCCUUGUUCAAGAAUUGACUUUGGUCAUUCAUAG